CCCACCAUUUCCUCAUUGACUAUGAAACAAACCCAUUUUCGCCAAACCCUAUUUCCCUCUCUCUUUCUUGUCACCGCACUCCCCAUUCCCAUUUCUCACCGUCGAACUGCUCAAGUUUCUGGAGUAUCGACGAUGGCGACCCAAAAAUUAUCGACAUAAUCCCCACCAACAUUGCACGCUUUUCUGUUGCUUCGUUUUUCCAGCUUUCGGUACCAUGGCUACCAGAACGAAUCAACGUCGAUGCCAAAGACAACAAUUAGGAUUAUUUUGGACGACGGUCAUGCAAGUAAUUAUAAUAUAUAAUACCGUCAGGCGUCGUAAUCGACAACUUCCUAGAGCCCCACAUAGAAAUUGGGAUUCUGAAAGAGAAAUGACACUUACACGAAUGUUUGGUAUGAGUGAUAGAAUUUGUCAUGAUCUACUGAGGAUGAAGAUAGCUCCGUUUGAAAGAUUAUGUGCUCGUUUACGAAUGUAUGGCUUGGUCGAUAAUAGAUCUGUCAAAGUAGAAGAACAAGUUGCUAUAUUUCUCAACACCGUUGGACAUGACCACCAUAAUCGAACUGGGAGUUUUACGUUCUUUAGGUCAGGUCAAACAGUGAGCUACUAUUUCCAUAGGGUUUUACAGGCUUGCCUUGGAUUGUACAGAGACGUGGUGAACAAUGCCACUAUUCAUAACUCACCAUACGAGAAGGAUAAGGUGAAGCCAUGGUUCCAAUAUUUUCAGGAUUUCGUGGGGGCGAUUGAUGGCACUCACAUUCCUGCAUAUGUCCCCGUAGAGGAACAAGCGAGGUAUCGCAAUAGGAAGCAAAUGAUAACUCAGAAUAUUUUGGUCGCUUGCACAUUUGAUAUAAAGUUUACGUAUGUGCUUUUCGGUUGGGAGGGAUCCGCCCACAACAAUCAAUUGUUAAAAAAUGCAACUUUACGACAAGGUCAUAGGCUAACAAUUCAUUUGGCAAGACAAAGAAGAAAUAUCUCAAGGAUUAGGAAGCUGAGAAAUGAAGGAAAAUGUGAAGCAAAGGAUGGGGUGGGAAUUGAAACUGUUUGGAGGGCUUUGACUAAGGAAUUAUGUUUAGUGAUGCCAAAAAUUGUUAUCGACUUGGUAAAAGAUGCUGAAAUCUUGGAAAGAGAUGGUGGCUUUGGCACUGUUUCUUUCUUCAAAUUUGGCCCUGAUGUGUCUGAGUAUAAGUUAUCGGAAGGAAAAGAUCGUGGAAUUCAACGAGUCCCUAUAUCAGAUUGGGCUACAGGGAUGGAUGAAAAUCAUGAAAUCAUUGAAAUGGGCGCAGACGGUAGACAAAUUCAAUUGGUUUUGGCUGUGAAAUGGAUGAAAUGGCAGCAGACGGCAAACAGCAAUUUGGGAACCACAGACAACAGCACCGGCGACUGUGAAAUGGCAGGGAUGGAUGAGAUGAAAUGA